AUGGCGUCCGCUCUAUUCUUCUUGGACCUGAAGGGCAAAACCCUUUUAGCCCGCAACUACCGUGGAGACAUUCCCAUGUCCGCAGUCGAGAAGUUCCCCAUCCUCCUUAGCGAAGCCGAAGAAGAAAGCUCCGCCGUCCCUCCUUGUUUCUCCCACGAAGGAAUCAAUGUAUGUGACACUCCUGCGAACCUGCACUGCCUGGCCUUCGGAGCUUUCCCCGCUCCCCGCAACUCACCUUCUCCCCUAUUCGAACCAGCAACUUUGGCUCGAGCACAUACAGGGAGUGUCGGAUAUGACUGUUACCUCUACAUUCGUCACAGCAAUCUCUACAUCCUCGCCCUAACCAAGAGAAAUACCAAUGCCACCGAGAUCCUCCUCUUCCUCCACAAGAUCGUGGAAGUCUUUACAGAAUAUUUCAAGGUGCUGGAGGAAGAGAGUAUUCGCGACAACUUCGUCAUCAUUUACGAGCUACUGGACGAGAUGAUGGACUUUGGCUACCCCCAGACAACAGAGAGCAAGAUCCUUCAAGAAUAUAUUACACAAGAGUCGCACAAGCUUGAGAUUCAAGCUCGACCACCUAUCGCCGUCACAAAUGCUGUCUCCUGGCGAAGCGAGGGCAUUCGCUAUCGCAAGAACGAAGUCUUCCUCGAUGUUGUUGAAUCUCUCAAUCUCCUGGUAUCGGCGUCCGGAAACGUCUUGCGAUCGGAGAUUCUGGGUGCUAUCAAGAUGAAGUGUUACCUGAGUGGUAUGCCAGAGCUGCGGUUAGGUCUGAACGACAAGGUUAUGUUCGAAACCACUGGUCGCGCUACACGAGGCAAGGCGGUUGAAAUGGAGGAUGUCAAAUUCCAUCAGUGUGUUCGACUGUCCAGAUUCGAGAACGACCGGACUAUCAGCUUUAUUCCGCCGGAUGGAGAGUUCGAGCUUAUGAGCUACCGUCUCAACACGCAGGUCAAGCCUCUAAUCUGGGUAGAGUGUCUGGUCGAAUCACAUUCGGGCUCCCGAAUGGAAUAUAUGUUGAAGGCCAAAGCACAGUUCAAGCGUCGCAGCACUGCCAACAACGUAGAAAUUCUUGUCCCCGUGCCAGAAGAUGCAGACUCUCCCCGGUUCCGCACCAAUAUCGGAAGCGUCCACUAUGCACCCGAGAAGUCAGCGAUCAUCUGGAAGAUCAAGCAGUUCGGUGGUGGGAAGGAGUUUCUCAUGCGCGCCGAACUCGGCCUGCCGUCCGUCAAGGGCGACGACGAGCACGGCGGAGGCAUGACCGGAGGCUUCGGAGGCAGCAUGGGCGGCACCGGGCAAGGCAAAGCCAAGCGGCCCAUCAACGUCAAGUUUGAAAUUCCCUACUUCACCACUAGUGGUAUCCAAGUGCGGUACCUGAAGAUCACAGAGCCCAAGUUGCAAUACCCCUCCCUUCCUUGGGUUCGAUACAUUACGCAGUCUGGCGAUAUCGCUGUCCGUAUGCCCGAUGUACAAUGA